CCGGUUAAUCGAGAAAAUGCGGGAAAUCAAACUGACAAAGAGACAAGAUUAUCGCUAAAUGAAUAUUUUUUGAUCACAAGUAAAUAUAUUUAUAUUCAUUUACAGAAUUCAUCACACCGUCUAACAUUUUGUGGUGCUCAAUUUGUUAAAAUAUGGCAGAGAGGCCUGAAGACUUGAAUCUGCCAAAUGCUGUUGUUACCAGAAUCAUCAAAGAUGCAAUUCCAGAAGGGGUAAAUGUUUCAAAGGAAGCGAGGCUAGCUAUAUCUAAAGCUGCCAGUGUGUUUGUUCUGUACGCUACCUCUUGUUCCAACAAUUUCGCUCUGAAAGCCAAGAGGAAGACCAUCAAUGCCAAUGAUGUCAUUAGUGCAAUGGAGGAAAUGGAGUUUGACCAGUUUGAGGGGCCUCUGAAGAAGUGUCUGGAAGCAUACAGAAAUGAACAGAAAAACAAGAAACAGGCAAACGAAAAGAAGAAGAAAGAAAAAGAGAUGGAAGCACUUGCAGCCGAAGACGUAGAAGAAGAAAUAGAGGAAGAUGAUGAUGAUGGCAAUGAUGGGGACAAUGAAAAGGAUGAAGAUUUUGUGGCAGAUGAGGAAGAUGAAGAAGACGAUGAAGAAGAAGGUGAAGAAGAGUCAGUGGGAGGGGGGAGUGUGGUGAAUGACAAUGCCAGUGUGUCGGGUAGUGUUACAGGUAGUGUAACGGGAAGUGUGGUGGAGAUUUCAGAUGAUGAUGGCUGACAGGGAAAGGGGGGAUGAGGGGUGGUCAAUGACAUUGCUAUAGUGGCAGAUAGUGAAAUGGAAAAUGUGUUGGAUAUUUCAGAUUAUGAGAACUGACCAGGAAUCUGUGUUUUGUAUUAUUAGUAUUGAAUAUAUAUCUGUAUGGAUGAACUGUUAAAAUUGUUAGGAAUACUUGUAUUAAAUCAUGCAAAUAUGCAAACUUGUGUAA